AUGCCACCCAAGCGCAUAGCUAAGAGAAGAUCACCCCCAGAAGAUGCCAUCCCCAAAAGCAAGAAGGUGAAGGGCGUGAGGGCCGCUGCCUCCCGCCAUGUUUCCGGUGCCCGCUCCUGCCAAGUCUCACACAGGUCCCACAGCACAGAAGCAGGUUUGGUGCUGACACUGGGCCAGGGCGACGUGGGCCAGCUGGGGCUGGGUGAGAAUGUGAUGGAGAGGAAGAAGCCAGCCCUGGUGCCUAUUCCGGAGGAUGUUGUGCAAGCUGAGGCUGGGGGCAUGCACACUGUGUGUCUAAGCAAGAGUGGCCAGGUCUACUCCUUCGGCUGCAAUGAUGAGGGAGCUCUGGGAAGGGACACAUCAGCGGAGGGCUCAGAGAUGGUCCCUGGGAAAGUGGAACUGCAAGAGAAGGUGGUACAGGUGUCAGCAGGAGACAGUCACACAGCGGCCCUCACUGAGGAUGGCCGUGUCUUCCUCUGGGGCUCCUUCCGGGACAAUAAUGGUGUGAUCGGGCUGUUGGAGCCCAUGAAGAAGAGCAUGGUGCCCGUGCAAGUGCAGCUGGACGUGCCCGUGGUUAAGGUAGCCUCAGGAAAUGACCACUUGGUGAUGCUGACAGUUGAUGGUGACCUCUACACCUUGGGCUGUGGGGAGCAGGGCCAGCUGGGCCGUGUGCCUGAGUUAUUUGCCAACCGUGGUGGCCGGCAGGGCCUUGAACGACUCCUGGUCCCCAAGUGUGUAAUGUUGAAAUCCAGGGGAAGCCGGGGCCAUGUGAGAUUCCAGGAUGCCUUCUGUGGUGCUUAUUUCACCUUUGCCAUCUCCCGAGAGGGCCAUGUAUAUGGCUUUGGCCUCUCCAACUACCAUCAGCUUGGAACCCCAGGCACGGAAUCUUGCUUCAUACCCCAGAACCUGACGUCCUUCAAGAAUUCCACCAAGUCCUGGGUCGGCUUCUCUGGUGGCCAGCAUCAUACAGUCUGCAUGGAUUCAGAAGGAAGAGCAUACAGCCUGGGCCGGGCUGAGUAUGGGCGGCUGGGCCUUGGGGAGGGUGCUGAGGAGAAGAGCAUACCCACCCUCAUCUCCAGGCUGCCUGCUGUCUCCUCAGUGGCUUGUGGGGCCUCUGUGGGGUAUGCUGUAACCAAGGAUGGUCAUGUUUUUGCCUGGGGCAUGGGCACCAACUACCAGCUGGGCACAGGGCAGGAUGAGGAUGCCUGGAGCCCCGUGGAAAUGACGGGCAAACAGCUGGAGAACCGUGUGGUCUUAUCUGUGUCCAGUGGGGGCCAGCAUACAGUCUUAUUAGUCAAAGACAAGGAACAGAGCUGAUGAAGCCUCUGAGGGCCUGGUUCCCGGUGCCCCGCAACUCCCUCAUAGAUCAGGGCAGCAGUGACAACCACAGAUUCCAGCAGGCCUCUUCCCAACCCUGAGCACUCUGUCAUCUCCUGCCUUCUUGCCAUCAGCAGAACAGAAUCCUUUUCUUUUUCUUCCUUCUUUCUGGAAUCAUACUGGGACCUGCAAGAUGAAACGGGAGGAUGGAGAGGGAGGUUUUGUCAGAAGGAACAUUGCUCAUCCCAGAGCUGUGUGGUCAGACCUUUCCUGCCACUACUUCCCUACCUCCCACAGCCUUGGCUGGUCCUGGCUGGUCCUGGCUUUGCCUACCACAAAACCAAAACUUCCUCCCCUGGGGGUUUGGCGCCCACACUAAGUUGGGGCUCCAUCAAGCCCCACUCUAAUUAUGUGCAACUCUUCUGUCCCUAACAAUCCACAGGCAGACAGAUGAUACGGACAUUAGACCCAGCUGUCAUGGACCCAUGCUGCCUGGGGAAUCUAGAGAAAGGGCAGGGCUACAGGGCUGUGGGCAACCCCAAGCCAAAUAUUUGGCUCUGAACAGGUGUCCAUGGGACAAAAAGGACAAUGAUCCUCCACUUGACAAAGAAAAAGGCCUACUAGUCGUUCUCCCAGAAGCACAAAGCAUAGUCUUGCCCCUCGGGCAUUGCCUGUGUAUCCUACACAUCCUUUUGGCCUCACUUGCAGCCAAGGGCCUGAAAUCCAGAAGAGAAGCCGUACCAGGCAGGGCAUGGGGAGAAGAAACGGUGGAGGGUUGUAUAAAGAAGCUUAUAGCAAUAUUGAGGGGGAAGGGCAGGAGGGAAAAAGGGUUGGAGGGGCAGAGGCUAGUCCUGAGAAAAGGAAGCAGCAACUUGUACAGUGGCUGAGAAAAUAGAAAAUAGUUUUGAUUUUUUUUAAAUUGUAAAAUAUUUUGGAGGGGAGAGUGAAAUCUUUUAACACUUUGAAUAAAUUUAGAGUUUUAUAUAA